UUCGUGAAAAUUAUUUUUCUCUCGCGGAACCACAAAGGCAUAGAACCAAACUGCUUGUUUUGGACACGCUGGCUUCUCCUUUUUCUUGUGGAUAUUAUGGCUAAUAACACAACGAGUUUAGGGAGCCCAUGGCCAGAAAACUUUUGGGAGGAUCUUAUAAUGUCCUUCACCGUCUCCGUGGCGAUUGGGCUUGCAAUUGGAGGAUUUCUCUGGGCGCUGUUCGUCUUCCUGUCUCGAAGAAGAAGAGCCAGCGCACCCAUCUCACAGUGGAGUCCCACCAGGCGACCCAGGUCUUCCUACAACCAUGGCCUCAACAGGACUGGGUUCUACCGCCACAGUGGCUGUGAGCGUCGGAGCAACCUCAGCCUGGCCAGUCUCACUUUCCAGAGACAGGCUUCCCUGGAGCUGGCCAAUUCCUUCCCCAGGAAAUCCAGCUUCAGGGCUUCAACUUUCCAUCCCUUCCUGCAAUGCCCACCGCUUCCGGUGGAAACUGAGAGUCAGCUGAUGACUCUGCCUGCCUCCAGCACCCCAUCCGCCAUGGGCACCAUGCACGCUGCAAGCCGGCCCGACUUCCGCUGGUCCAGCAACAGUUUGAGGAUGGGCCUUUCCACACCGCCACCCCCUGCCUAUGAGUCCAUCAUCAAGACAUUUCCCGAUUCCUGAGUCUGUCUGGGCCUUCUUUGUUUUUAAUUCUUAUAAAAAAAAAUUGGUUCUCUUUUAGAAAGGAAAUGAUAUGUAGAGUAAACAGAAUUUUGGGGUCAUGAACCCCAGUGAUUGAUUUUUCAAGUUAAUAGGUGCCUGCUGCCAAGGAAGGCAGAGUUUCUUUUGAACACAUUUUUCCUCACACAUGUCUCACUAAAGCAUUAUUUUCUCAAAAAGUUCUAAACUUAUGGGUUUUGAAUUCAGUGUGAGGCAUUGAAUUAAAGAUACCAGCUAAAGUUUCUUACAUACAAAUCACGUGUAUUUGUAUGUUUUCAGUUAAAAAAGACUUCAGAUGUUUGUUGUUAGGGUUGCGAUCCCCAUUCACUUUCCACAUGACUGCUGACAG